AUGUCGCGAGGCAGCUUUGUCUUCACACCCAUGGCCUUGCGCUCUCUUGAACUUGAUGAGGACAUGCUAGAGAGACACAAGUACAAGAAGAAACUGGCCUCCAGUCACCUCAACAAUUACAUGCUGAAGAAGGAGGCCAGGGCACCGCUGAGGUCCAACACUGCCCUGCCACCAGCUGUCUGCCAAGAUGUGGUCAUUCAGAACGCUCUGUAUACAGGAGACCAGGAAGCUUUGCAGCGCCUCUUUCCUAGAGGAUCCACGGCAAACCUCAUCAUUGAGCCACAGGGUGGGGACAUGCGCUGGGUGGCCACAGGGGAAGACAAACCAGCUAAUACUUUGAAAAACAACCUAGUUAGCUGCAGUAUGGCUUAUUCAGUUUCUAAGAUUAAGUGGCGCAAACCGAAGACGUACCGCAACGAUGUGAUUGCCACAGCCAAGGCCACAGGUUGUGUCCUGCAGUUCUGGAACUCUCUGCUUGUGGGUGAUGAGCUAACGAUACUCAGCAUUGUGGACAACGAUGAGUACAACCACCUUAUUGAUGCCAUUUAUGAUACCAGCAACGUAGAGGAAUGGAAUGACUUCAGAUUUAACUACAGAGGCCUGCGACUAUGGUCUCUGAAUUAUGAGCAGGAGCUGACCACACCACUUCACAUCACAGCUGGCCGAGGCUUCACAGACUGCAUGAGACUCCUGCUGCAGCGUGGGGCCAAUGUAGACCUGGCACCUGGGGGCACCACUGCCCUGCAUGAAUCCUGUGAAAACUGCCAGCCAGAGUGUACCAAACUGCUGCUGAUCCAUGGCGCCAAUGCCAAUGCUGUCUCUGAAGAUGGUGUUAUGCCUUUGCACAUUUGUACAAGCCCCGAAUCCCUUGAAUGUGCCAAGUAUCUCCUUCAGUAUGGUGCAGCAAUCAAUGGUCGCACAGUAGAUGAAAACGACACUCCAUUACAUGUCGCAGCCAAGAACGGCCUCCCAGACCACACUGAGCUGUACCUGCGCUACGGAGCUGCUGUGGACAAACAAAAUGAUGAGGGUCUCACACCCCUGAAUGCUGCUUGUUCACAAACCCAGGUGGUGCAGGAUCUUGAACGGUACUUCAAGGUGUGCCAGAUGCUGUUGGGGAAAGGGGCCGUCGUCCACACUGUCGACCAAGACCAACGCAGUCCUUUGCACAUGGCCUGUAAGAAUGUAAAUCCAGACAUAGUGGAUCUGCUGCUCGCCAAUGGUGCCUGCGUUAACGACAUGGACUACGGGGGUGAAGCUCCCCUGCACGACAUCCUGAAGGUGGUGUGCUACAAGGUUUCCCAUCACCCUGAGAGGAUUGUACGUGCUCUUCUCAACCAUGGUUCUAUUCGGGUGUGGCCCGGAGCUCUGCCCAUGGUUAUGAGGCACUGCUCUGAAUCGCCACGCACCAUCGAGGUUCUUCUGAACGCCUACAGUCACCUCAAAGUCACAGACACCUGGGUUGAGUCCGUGUCACCGGAGGUGUUUAAGGAGCACAAAGAGUUCUAUGAAUCAGUCUUCUCUUUGGCACUGACUCCUCGCUCCCUGCAGCACUUGGCACGCUGCCGACUCAGGAGCUUCCUGGGGGGCCGCGUACACAAGGUGGUCCCUAAACUCGAUCUCCCCACCUUCAUCAAGAAUUAUCUGCUACUAGAGUACAGAGGCUAUGUCCACUGAAAGCACUUUGUGUAGUCUUAUGUUAGUGUGAGUCCUGAUGAAGAUUGAGUGCUGCUAUGUGUAAGCAGUGGCUGUUCACAAUAUAUAAUAAUGGUCAAGAUUAUAAUUACAAUAGUGACAUCAACUGCAGCACUAUACACCAGGGCACUUAAUAUUUUUAAAUGCAUUUUGUAAGCUUUCCAGGAGGGAGAAGCAGCUGUUUGUUCUCUAACAACAAUGUGUUUUCUGUGUCCUAUUCCAGAUCAAUCUUUCAGUUUACUGUUUGAUUUUGCACCACAAGAGGGAGCUAUAGACUAGAGUUCAUAAAGUAUAUAGCAGGUAUGCAAUUUUAUGAUUUAUAUUUUAUGGUCACAUUUGUUUGUGUUUUUUUUACAUUGGCAAUUGAUAGAAAAGAGGCUGAGAUGCUUCUGUUUUUGUACAUCAUAAUUAUCAUGGUAGAAUAAUGUUAGUGUGCAUAGUGAUGACGUGUUGGAGGAUUGCUCUAAAAGAUGUGCAUACAU